AAUACCGGCAUAUUCUGAACAUGCGCACAUCACAUAGAUACAUGCCUAUAUGCAUAUAUCCAUGAGUAUACGUGACCUGUGCCCGGUUCAGGUUACUUGGAUUCCUGCUUUAUAAAACACACUCUGUCUACCUCGAACAGCGGGUCUUUAAAAAGCACACAUUCACUCCCUUUCCGUUCAGCUAGGUCCUUCUGAGUCCCCACAGGCACCCUUUGAUCUUCCAAACGCCCCGUUGUUCUAUCAGAAGUGCACUUAGCUUUAAACUUUUUGGGGUGUGGCAUAAGCGUUGGUCAGUCGGUGAGUCUAGCCAUAGGUGGUGGUAUAUGUGUCCUCGGUUCUCACGUUGGGCCACACCCCUCAGUUUCGGCAAACGAAUUGAGAAUCGCCAAUUUGAAAGCUGUUACAACAACGUCAUUACCUCUUCCGUACACAGCCAGGAAAAAAACGCGGUAUCGCACGCUUUUUUCACGGUCGCCUGUCGAGAAGCUGCAGUUGCUACUCCAUUCGCGGGACUUCGCCAGCGCGUUAGAUGGGCUCGGGCGCCAGCCUAUCUCGGAAAAUUCCAUCGUCCCUUUCUUCUCUUGAAGGAAACUGCGGCUCAGAUGAAUUAUAGAAGUUUCUAGUGCGUGUUUCAACAAAGUUGCCUGGAAGGGCGCAUUCGACGCAGUGUGCCUCUUUGGGGGAGAGUUUGUGCAUGCAUGCAAACCACGAAAACGGCGCUUGCCAGGUCAAAGCCCCUCACACUGUCACGCUCCGUUCGCUUCCUUUCAAUACUUUGUUUUCCUCUUCUCCUUUCCACUGAAGCCCCCUUCGAGAGCAAAAGCGUUCGUGGUCUCUGGGACCUGCGAAUCCUGUCUCCAGACACGACCAGUGUGUCAGUUGCACGCUCGGGCCGCCUCGCAGGGGUGUACAUACAGCUCGGAGUUGCCCGCAGCCGCUGUCGCGACGCGUCUGCUGGAGCUGCCGUUUCUGCGUCUAGCCUUUGAUUCCCUUCAGCGCGUUUUCCCUUUGUUCUCUAUCGGCCACUUGUGCAGCCGCAGCGCUGUGUUUCUCCGCGGCCGCCACAAACUGCGCGUCGUUUCAGAAUGCCUUCUCAACUCAAGAGGGAAGCCGGGGAAGAUCCGGUCGCAGCGGAGGCUCCGGGCGCCGCGGCGGAGUCGACCCCAGAAGUGCCGAAGAACGACGAACCUGUGAGGGAAGAGGACCUGCCGGAAGAGGAGGAAGAAGACGAAGGCGAGGAAGGCGGAGCCGCAGCUGGAGACAAGAAGAAAAAGAAGAAGAAGAAAAAGAAAAAGACGGCUGGUGCAGCAGACAAGACGGCGAACGGAGUCUGCGCACCCGGAUCCGCGGCAGUUGCUGCUGCGAAGAAACAAUCCGAGGAGAACUCGACAGUCCUGCGUCGCGUGAAAGAGUGGACCUCUUUCCCCGAAAAACAGACAUGGCCGCCGACAAAGCCCAUGCAUGAAGUCUUCUCCGAUGGCUUGUACCCGCCAGGCGAAAUCCGACAAACCAAGCGGACGACUGCGGCGGAAGAUCGCGAGGCGGUGCGCUUGGAGGCAGUCGACAUCCAAGCAAUCCGCCAGGCCGCCGAAUGCCAUCGCCAGGUGCGGCGGUACAUCCAAGGCGUCGCGCGCCCAGGUGUGAAGCUGGUUGAUCUGUGUCGUUCGCUGGAGGCGAAGUCGAAGGAACUGAUUGCAGCGCACAAACUGGACCGCGGCUGGGGCUUCCCUACCGGCUGUUCCCUGAACAACUGUGCAGCGCACUAUACACCGAAUCCCGGAGACAAUCGAGUGCUCGAGCAAGGCGACAUCUGCAAGCUGGACUUCGGAGUUCAAGUUGGUGGCCGCAUUAUCGAUUGCGCGUUCUCGAUUGCCUUUGACGAAAAGUUCGACAGCCUCAUUCAAGCGACGCAAGAUGGAACAAACGUCGGCAUUUCGCACGCAGGAGCGGACGCCCGCCUUUCGGAGAUUGGCGGCUUCAUCCAAGAAGCAAUUGAAAGUUACGAGAUGGAAAUCGACGGGAAGAUGGUGCCGAUAAAGUCCAUCCGCAACCUGACAGGACAUUCCAUCGACCUGUACAGAAUCCACGCAGGAAAGUCAGUGCCGAUCGUCAAGGCGCCGGGAGGGCAGACAAGUCACGCGCCGUCGAACAUCAUGGAAGAGGGGGAGGUGUAUGCGAUCGAGACUUUUGCGUCAACGGGACGUGCUCACGUUUCUGAGGAAAACGACUGCUCUCACUACAUGAAAGACGCGCAUGCACAGUUCGCCGCACUGCGUUUGAAGAGCGCGAAAGAUCUCCUCAAAGUCAUUGACGACAACUUUGGAACUUUGGCCUUUUGCCGACGCUGGCUAGAAGAUCUGGGGUGUACGCACCACCUGCUGGCGCUGAAGCAACUGGUGGAGAAGCAGAUCGUCUGUCCGUAUCCACCUCUAAGCGACGUUCGCGGUUCCUUCACGUCGCAGAUGGAGCACACUGUCUUCAUCGGCAAGAACUCUGUCGAGGUCGUUUCUCGCGGAGACGACUUCUGAGGAACGGAGGAAAAAGAGAAUCGAAAAGACUCAAGAGGCUCCUGGGCGCAUGGCGAGUCGCUGGAAAGGGAGUGCCUCCAGCAGCGGAACUGUGCUAGGAAAUCGCGAUUUGUGCGCAUCUUUCUGUCCGUGUGGAAACACUCUGUCAACCGUGCAAUCCCUCUGCAAACCUCUUGCUUGAAGGAAGUCCCCAGCUGCACAGAGCUCUAGCAAUCCUGGUGGAGAGAAGUCCUGAGUCGAGAGAUGCGGAGACGGAGAAAAUCCGAGCUUCCGCCCCUGCGAGAACGAGAAGAGACGAACUUCUUCAAAAGACUGCUAUUUCGUCUGCUUGCUUCGGUGAAGGAACGACCCCGCUAGACUGUUGGGUAACGCUGAAGCUCGCGUGGAAGCCAGCGACGCACUCGGUUGCGUUAGCGAGAGAUCCUGACAAGGCGAAGAAGCCCGCUUGUCCUCGCCGGACCUAGACACAGCUUUGGAAAAGACACAGCUUUGGAAAAGACACAGUUUUGGAAACGGACAGCCGUGAGCAACUCUCCACAGCAGCUACGAAACCCCUUCAGGUGUCUGUACACCCGGAUCCGCCUCCGCGCUCUGCUGACUCGCGGGUCGCCACAUCUUCAGAGAUCGUUUCAAGCGUGUGUCGUGCGUUCUCGUUCGCGGCAUUCUUCAUUCCUCGGGGCAGUGAAUACAGUGGCAAACUCACACGGAUGUACUGACACAUUUAUAUUUGGAGUGCAUGCAAAUACCAACAAUUACAUGUAUAUAUAUAUAUAUAUAUUGUUUAUCUAUGCAUACACCUACAUGUAGUUCCAUGAAAAGCGGAAGAUGUGAAUCUUGUACAUCCAGACAUACAUAUAUAUAUAUAUAUUAUAUAUAUAUAUUAUAUAUAUAAAUAUAUAGUGUAUACGCAUAUAGCGGUUUAUCUGUGUGUAUCUCUAUGUCUCUGAAUAGAAGCAGACGUGAAUGCACCUCGAGUAUUGAGGUAGCUUGGAGGCACUGUGUAUUAAGGCAAGGAGAGAGAAGAGUGUCAGUGAACUUUCUGUUGUAUGUUCAGAGAGGAGACAGAUCUAUUUGAGGAAAUUGCCUCCUCGUUUCUGUAGCUCAUCGAACGCUCGCCAUCUCGGCUGUCUCUUCGACCACGGUCUUCGUCUUUCAAGGAAAAAAAAU